AUGUCUCUCACAAAAGUACCCAUAAAUGACAAUGAGUAUAAAUAAUCAGGGUCUCAAUUUCAUCAAAAUGAUGCUCCCUUGCUUCCGAAGAGGGAAUAUAAAAUGAUAUCGAAGGAGAAAAAGACUUAGCUGAUCCGAACUGUUCUUCUCUAGAAAUGCAAAAUCAAAAGAAUUGCUAAGGAUCUUAACAUCAAUUAUGCUACUGCUAAAACCAUACUACAUAAUUACAGAAAAAAAAAUAUUCAAUUCGACCAAAAAGAACAUCUUAAAUAGGUGUCCUACUCGAGCACAAGAAAAUUCUCAAAAUUGAAUCUCAAAAUAAUUCUUAACGAUAAAGUAGUAAAGGAACAGGAGUACGUGUUGCCCACCAUUUGAAAAAUAUACACAUUUAUUAUUUAUAUCCAUUUCAACUCAGAA